AUGAUCUCCAUCAACAUGUCAGUACUCAGCAUGUACAAUUCUAAACUCAAAGAGGAAAUCAAUCUUUCUUUUACAGAUGUCUCCAUUAAAAUAUACCAUUCUGAAACUAAAGACAUAGACAAUGCCCCAAGAAUCGAAACAACCGAAAGUACUCCAAAAAUGUACAAAGUGUCAACCAUGAAACGAAUAUUCGAUUUGGCCAAGCAUCGAACAAAAAGGUCAACAUUUUUCCCAACUGGGGUUAAAGUCUGUCCACAGGAAUCCAUGAAACAGAUUUUAGCCAGUCUUCAAGCUUAUUAUAGAUUGAGAGUGUGUCAGGAAGUGGUGUGGGAAGCAUAUCGGAUCUUUCUGGAUCGCAUCCCUGACCCAGGGGAAUACCAGGACUGGGUCAGCAUCUGCCAGCAGGAGACUUUCUGCCUUUUCGACAUUGGAAAAAAUUUCAGCAACUCCCAGGAGCACCUUGAUCUUCUUCAGCAGAGACUAAAACAGAGACACUUUCCUGAGAGAAAAGAUGAAAUAUCUACAGAGGAGACAUUAGGAGAGCCUGAUGAAACCCCUGUGUUUUCUACAGAUGUUGUCAGUGUCUCUCUUGGACCCUUCCCUCUCACUCUCGAUGACACACUCCUCAAUGACACCAAGAUGCCUACAAUAGAAAGUAAAGCAGAAUCCACUAAGAUAUCUGAGGGCCCACUGGAGCAGAAGGUAGAGCUGAGCAUCACUCUGACAAACCAGAGGUUUAAGGCAGAGCUCACUGACUCACAGUCCCCAUAUUAUCAGGAGCUAGCAGAAAAGUCUCAACUCCAGAUGCAAAAGGUAUUUAAGAAACUUCCAGGAUUCAAAGAAAUCCAUGUGCUAGGAUUUAGACCAAAGAAAAGAAGAGAGGGUUCAAGCUCCGUAGAGACACGAGUUAUGGCCAUCUUUACGAGAGACAGUGCAGAAGUAAAAAGCCCUGCAAGUGACCACCUGUCUUUUGAUUCCAACAAAAUUGAGAGUGAAGGAGUCCCUCAAGGAAUGAUGGAGGAGGAAAAGCAACCAGAAAUCUAUCUCACAGCUUUAGACCUCAAAAAGCUGAUCAGCAGAGCACUAGAGGAAGACAAAUCCUUGGAUGUGGAAACAAUUCAGUUCACUGAUGAAUUUUGGGGGUUAUUACCAGGCUCUGAUCCUGACUUCCACUCAGUGCUGCCUACACUUCUUACUGAUAACACAAAGGAUGCUACUUUGAGUCCAGAACUUCCUCUUGGUCAAUCCGGGUUUGAGACAUUGGACAAAACAGGACACAGUAUACCUGACAGUUCUUGGUCUCCACCUGCUAAGGCCUCUGCUUCACUAUCAGACACUCUACCUUUCUUCACUGCAUCAAGCAUCUUCUCUCUGACUGGUCAAAGUGCCACAGACAUAAUGCCCGUUGACCAGACAGUACUAAUCCCAGGACGAACCAUCCCCUCGGAUGACUAUUCUUCCAUCAGCCAAUCAGCUCUAGAAAUUUCACGUUCAACUGCAUCUUUAGGCAGCCAAGAUAUAGUGAGAGACUUAGACAUAAUGGAUCUAACUAACACUCCUGCCUCCUCUGAGGUACCAAGACUGAGUGGGUAUGUUUCUACCCCAGGUCUUUUCUUGGAGAACACCACUCCUACUCCAGCUUUACAGUACCUCACCACUAGCUCUAUGACCACUGCCACCAAGGGCCAAGAACUGGUCGUGUUCUUCAGUCUGCGAGUCGCUAACAUGCCCUUCUCCAAAAACUUGUUCAACAAGAGCUCUCUAGAGUACCAAGCUCUGGAACAGCAAUUCACACAGCUGCUGGUUCCAUAUCUGCGCUCCAAUCUCACGGGAUUUAAGCAACUUGAAAUACUUAACUUCAGAAAUGGGAGUGUGAUCGUGAAUAGCAAAAUGAGGUUUGCUAAGUCAGUACCAUAUAACCUCACCAAGGCUGUGAAGGGGGUCUUGGAGGAUUUUCGUUCUGCUGCAGCCCAACAACUUGACCUGGAGAUAGACAGCUACUCUCUCGACAUUGAAACAGCUGAUCAAGCAGAUCCCUGCAAAUUCCUGGCCUGUGGUGAAUUUGCCCAGUGUAUAAAAAAUGAGUGGACCAAGGAAGCAGAAUGUCGCUGCAGACCAGGGUAUGAGGACCAGGGGCACCUGGACCACCCGGCCCCGGGCAUCUGUGCACCCAUAGAGGAAUGUGAGGUCAUCCAGGGUAAGGGAGCUCCGUGCAGGUCACCAGGUCACUCUAGAAAUCAAGCAUACAAAACUCGUGUUAAAAAGUUCCAACAGCAGCAAAAUAACAAGAUAAUCAGGAAAAGAAAUUCUGAAGUACUUACCGGAGGAUAUGAAGAAUUUAACUAUCAAGAUGGGGAAGGAAAUUAAAAAUGUACAGAUUGUAAUUUAAUCUGUCUCAAGAGAAAUGGCUUGCUUUCUCCAGGAAAAUUGUAUCCACUCUUAAAGUCCUGAAAAUAUAGGCAGGCAUAUUCACCAGUCAUUGGAAUCCAGGCAUAGAGUCAACAUUGAGAACCAAUACACACCAUGUUUCAAAUAGAGAAUUGUGUACUUGAUGAUUAGCACAUUCUGCAGAAAAAUAUGCUUAUUAUCAAAACCCAAAACACAAUCAGUAAAACAUAUUUCAGCUACUCCUGACCCAUAGUCAAAGUGAGAGCAAACCAGGUUUGCUUCCAGCUGCCCUUAAAAUACUACUCACAGAUCAUUUACAAGUGCAGCUUACUUAUUGUUUGAGGGAGGUUGAGAAAUAUAGAAGGGAGCAAAGCUGACUUCAUGGGUUACAUGGUCCAUAAAAGAUGACUACUUGUACAAGGAGACGCAGGUCUCUCUGAAUCAUGAAUGUAUCCAGUAUGUAAACACUGGUGGGGGUGUAUUUGCUCCACACUUCAAUGUCUGUAACACACACACACACACACACACACACACACACAUCCCUUCAAUUCUUCAGGCACACUAGUUUUGGAAAUUAGUAUUUGCACAGAUCAUUUUAUUGCCAAUAAUUUCUGAAUUGUUCUUUUUUUAAAAAAAGGAACUGGGGUUCACAUAUACAUACCAUGGGAAAUCUAACUUUUCUUGUGACCAGUCACAUAAAGCUGUAUAUAUUAAGGCCAGACCCUAUAUUGGGGAGAAAAAGUGACUUUGUACUUUGUAACAUAACCAACUCCUGUUUUCCAUCACAGAUGAACUAUGCCUUCCUAUAAUUUAAUAAUGUCAUUGAAUACUCGACACUAACUUUCCUUUGUGCAUGGGUAGAUUGGUAUCAAGGUAAUCUAUUUUAGCCAGUUUUUAAUGUGCUACUUAAAGAAAAAUGAUUCCUCUGUAUCUAUUUCAAAUGUUCCACUAUUAAAAUAUUUCCUGCAAAACAUUAAUUUCAAUAAAAUAU